UGGCGGCGGGCGGCUAUGGGCACGGCGGCGGUGCACCUCCUGCUGCUGUUGGGGCUGCUGCACGCCGGGCCCGGCGGCGAGGGCAGGAAGGGCUGGCGGCGGCGAGGCCCGGCGGUCCGCGAGCGCGGCGAGGCGGCGGCGGCGGACGAGAGUUUCCCGCUGGACUUCACCGCCGUGGAGGGCAACAUGGACAGCUUCAUGGCGCAGGUCAAGAGCCUGGCGCAGUCGCUGUACCCCUGCUCGGCCCAGGCGCUGCCGCACGACCUGCGCCUGCACCUCCUGCACAACGCCUCGGUCACCUGCAACGACGGCAGCCCGGCCGGCUACUACCUGAAGGAGUCCAAAGGCAGUCGGCGGUGGCUGCUGUUCCUGGAAGGAGGGUGGUACUGCUUCAACAGGGAGAACUGCGACACCCGCUACGACACCAUGCGGCGGCUGAUGAGCUCCCGGGAGUGGCCCGCGACCCGCGUGGGAACUGGGAUCCUGUCCUCUCAGCCAGAAGAAAAUCCCCACUGGUGGAAUGCAAACAUGGUAUUCGUCCCAUAUUGCUCAAGUGAUGUUUGGAGUGGUGCCUCUUCCAAGUCUGAGAAAAAUGAAUAUGCCUUCAUGGGAGCACUGAUCAUACAGGAGGUUAUAAAGGAGCUGGUGGGAAAAGGUCUGAGCACUGCAAAAGUAUUGCUGCUAGCAGGGAGCAGUGCUGGAGGGACAGGAGUGCUCCUGAACGUGGAUCGAGUGGCAGAGCUGCUGGAGGAGAUGGGUUAUCAAGGGAUUCAGGUUCGAGGCUUGGCAGACUCUGGAUGGUUCCUGGAUAACAAACAGUAUCGCAGAACAGACUGUGUUGAUACCAUAACCUGUGCUCCAACAGAGGCCAUCAGAAGGGGAAUAAGAUACUGGAAUGGCAUUGUUCCUGAACGCUGUAAGCUGCAGUUUAAAGAGGGAGAGGAAUGGAAUUGCUUUUUUGGAUACAAGAUUUACCCCACUCUCCGAUGCCCAGUCUUUGUUGUUCAGUGGCUCUUUGAUGAGGCCCAGCUUACUGUAGACAAUGUACACCUAACUGGCCAGCCUGUUCAGGAAGGGCAGUGGCUCUACAUCCAGAAUUUGGGUAGAGAGCUGAGAAACACCUUGAAGGAUGUGACUGCAAGCUUUGCUCCUGCCUGUUUGUCCCACGAGAUCAUCACACGCAAUCACUGGACUGACAUCCAGGUGAAGGGGACAUCAUUACCCCGUGCCCUGCACUGUUGGGAUCGGAGCCUCCAUGAGAGCAACAAAAAUGGAAAGGCUCCUCUGAAAGGCUGCCCAAUUCACCUGAUUGACAGCUGUCCAUGGCCUCACUGCAACCCCUCGUGCCCCACAAUCAGGGACCAGUUCACAGGGCAGGAGAUGAAUGUGAUCCAGUUCCUCAUGCACAUGGGUUUUGAUGUUCAGAAGAUGGCACAGCAACAGGGCCUGGAGCCCAGUAAACUUCUGGGGAUGCUCAGCAGUGGUAACUAGAGAGGGCUCAUCAGAGGGGCAGAGAUUAGAUCAGGAGGAGAGAGACUCUCAGCCCUUCUCCCAAACUUUCUAAUCUUCUUCCUUAAUGUUCCUGCAGGCAGAUGUAUGCUCAUACCCCUGGCACGCUCACACCUGUGCACUCACAUGCUCCCACACUCUUGCACGCUUAUGGUGUGUCAAGAAAAAAAAAUAGAAAAAAAAAAAGGCAAGCAGCAAUUUCUUGCUUGCACUGUUUGGCUGGAACUUGUUCCCUCCCUCCAAACUCCAGGGCUAAGUUUCAGCUGGUCACAUCCUCUUCCUGUGUUACACAAGGCAAUCAGAUACAGGGAGUAGCAAAGCCAUAAAUAGCAGUGAUGAGAACCUCACCCAGAUCUGGGACA